AUGAAUCUUGAAACUGCUGGGCCGACAUCCUCGUCCCUGUUUUCGUGGGAUUAUGUCCUAUGGGAAGUCCGUCUGAAGCUAGUGGCGGCCGGCUUCUUCCUCUACUUGGGAGUGUUCUGCCUCUCACACUGCCUGUCUUUGUGGAUGGUAGCCACUUACCGCUUGUUGCCAGCGAAGGAGAAAGUCUUCUGGAACCUGGCUGCUACACGAGGCGUGUUUGGCAUCCAGAGUUGUGUCGCUGGCUUGUGGGCCUUGCUUUUCGAUCCGGUUUUUCAAGCCGACAAGGUCUACUCCCAGCAGGAGUGGAGCUGGUUCAACUGCCUCAUAGCCUCUGGCUUCUUCCUGCUCGAAAAUGUAGCUGUUCACGUUUCCAACGUUGUCUUCAGGACAUUUGACUUGUUCUUAGUCGUUCACCAUUUCCUUGCCUUCGGUGGCUUUUUCGGUCUGGUCACCAACAUAAAGUCCGGGCACUACAUCCCCUUGAUGGGAAUGUUGCUGGAGAUGAGUACGCCUUUCACUUGCAUAUCGUGGAUGCUUUUAAAGGUGAGAUGUUGGGUGAGCAAAGGUCUAAAACAUGGGUAGGCAAACUAAGGCCCGGGGGCUGGAUCCGGCCCAGUCGCCUUCUAAAUCCGGCCCUCGGACGGUCCAGGAAUCAGCGUGUUUACAUGAAUAGAAUGUGUCCUUUUGUUUAAAAUGCAUCUCUGGGGUUAUUUGUGGGGCCUGCCUGGUGUCUUUACAUGAGUAGAAUGUGUGCUUUUAUUUAAAAUGCAUCUCUGGGUUAUUUGUGGGGCAUAGGAAUUCGUUCUUUUCCCCCCUUCAAAAUAUAUUCCGGCCCCCAACAAGGUCUGAGGGACAUUGGACCGGCCCCCUGCUGAAAAAGUUUGCCAACCCCUGGUCUAAAACCACUGUCCUAUUAAUACCACCAUCACAAACUGUGUUGCCCUGUCUUCUGAGUGGAAGCCUUUGGGGCAAGGCAGGCCAGAGCUGUGGCGCCUCAAAAGAGCUCCGUCUGUGAAGCUUGGCCUGCCGAGGCCUGGAGGGGACAAAUGAGGCCUUUAAUACCUUGCUCAGAUGAACACUGUCAGGUAUGCAUCUUUUCUGGAGGGUGGUGAUCUUCAAAGGUCCAGUCUCCUGGCCAGGGGCAUUUAGACAACCAACCUUUGUAUGAUAAAGGUCUAGUAUGGUGCCCAAGCUUCUAACUGAAAGCUGAAAGCUUUAUGGCCUUCCUAGAAGUCUUCCCAGAAAGUGUAUUUUUAUAAAACAACAACAAAAACCUAGAUUUUUGAAUUUGUAACGGUGAUCUGUUGGUUGUUCAUCUGUUGACCUUCAGGAGUUUCUUUAUAUAUAAUUUGUUAUCAGGUUUUUCAAAACAUUUGCACAAUAACCUUCCAGUCAAAAUAAUUGCAUUGUUUCAUAAGUUGACAUCCCACCCUCACUUCCACAGUGUUUUACUCAAACGUUUUCUACUGCAUUAUAUCAUUAGCGAUUACAGAAAGUUUCUCUGUUACAAUUAUUUUAUCAUUUUUCGUCCGCUGCUUUUAUCUCGAAUCCUGCCCACGAUUUUAUUUGACUGCAAUAUUUUUUUUAAUAGUCCAUGAAAGGCCUCCAGUAUUCUAUAAAAAGUUCAUCAUUUUUAUCUCUUUAAUUUCGCUGUCAGCUUUGCCAUAUCUGCAUAGUCCAUUACUUUCAAAAGCUCUUCCUCCUUUGUCUGAACCUUCUCUUCCUUCCAUUUCUGUGCAAAUAAUAUUCUAGCUGUUAUUGCCAAUACAACAGUCAGGAGUUUCUUGCCUUCCUUUUCCAAAGACCGUAGCCUUGGUUUCUGAGUAAUUAAUCUCUAGAUUUUCCAUAUUUACAAUAUUCACCAAGCUCCCACUGUUAUGUUUUUAGACCUACACAUGCAGGAGAACCCCAUCGCCUGCACAUAAAAGAACAGAAGCCACCCUUGAUAAAGUUGACUUUAGAUUUUUCAGGCAUCCUUUCUGGAUGGAAUUAGCUAUAAACAGUGGAAAGUGACCAUAGUUCAAAACCAAUAUGUGUUGAUGUUAGUGUAGUGCCCUCGGCUUAUGAAGACAGCAAAUUCAAACUCUAUUCUCGACUUCGCUUGCGAAAAUUCUGAACACGCUCACAAACUGAACAGCUGUUGGGAGAAGCUAUGUUUCAUUGGGAUUAAUUCCGUUUGGGCACUCUGCACCUGCUCAGGAGUACUCUCACAUAUUAAUCUUGUAUUCCUUGCUCAACUUUUCAACUACAGUCGUGCUUCUGAUAUUGGGUAGCUUGAGCAUACUCGGGAACCAGAGGUUUGUGUCUCUUGCAGGAAAUGUAUGAGAUCUUUUGAUAAAGGGUGGUGUACAAUUUGAAUAAACAAUAAUAAUAAUACUGUUUUGUGUGUUACCACCCAUCAAAAAUUAGAGGGAAUGGCAUGCUGAUCACAGGGUGCUAUUUACAAACAAAGAAACCACGCCAGCAUUCGAGUCAAAGGAACAAUUAAACAUUAUCUUUCUCUUGCAUACUCUUUAAAGUGGUCAGGUUGUCACUUGUGUGGUGCCAGUGUGGUGUAGUGGUUAAGAGCGGUAGUCUCGUAAUCUGGGGAACCGGGUUCGCUUCCCUGCUCCUCCACAUGCAGCUGCUGGGUGACCUUGGGCUAGUCACACUUCUCUGAAGUCUCUCAGCCCCACUCACCUCACAGAGUGUUUGUUGUGGGGGAGGAAGGGAAAGGAGAAUGUUAGCCGCUUUGAGACUCCUUAAAGGGAGUGAAAGGUGGGAUAUCAAAUCCAAACUCUUCUUCUUCUUCUGCUUAGAAACUGUGGCAUGAUUUUCUUAUAGUAUAAAGAGGAAGUGUGUACUAACAACCUAUUUUGCUUUGUUGGAAAUGGACAUAGUCUUCAGUUUUGAAACCUGCAGCCCUGUGGAAUCCAGUUUUAGCCAGGAUUUAUCUAGCGAUCCUAAGAUAAGUUAGUUUUAGGCCAGACAUGGGCAGACUUGGCCCUCCAGAUGUUUUGGGACUACAACUCCCAUCAUCCCUAGCUAACAGGACCAGUGGUCAAGCAUGAUGGGAAUUGUAGUCCCAAAACAUCUGGAGGGCCGAGUUUGCCUGUGCCUGCUUAGGCAGUUCAUGGAAGGCAUGUUUUCCUUCCUUCUCUCUUCCAUCUACCUGCAGCCUCUGAAAAGGCAUUUUGGAUAGUGUUUUCGUGUAGUUUUUUUAGGGGGCCUUAAUGAUGGGAGAGCAUUCUCUUCUGGUCCUGGGAAGAAAGGCUGGAUGCAAUUUGAGUCAAACAAUCCAACAUGCAUCUUGGACAACAGCCUAUUCACAAGAUAGAAAGAUGCUGAGUCAAAAUACAAAAUGCACAUGAGGACUUUGGAUACAUUUCCCCAAAGACGUUGGUUCAAAAUAUUUCCCCCCAAGGACUUUCGAUAAUUGCGACACAUUUUGAAAAAGGCUUAUUGGUUGAAACGGAUUUGUAACAGAUUCUUCUAUUGUCGAUUGUCCUGUUUGUGUUAUUGUUUCCUUUUUGUGUGUUUCUCAGAUACAUCACCGCUUGUGAGAGCCAGUGUGGUGUAGUGGUUAAGAGCAGUGGACUCGUAAUCUGGUGAACCGGGUUCGUGUCUCCGCUCCUCCACAUGCAGCUGCUGGGUGACCUUGGGCUAGUCACACUUCUCUGAAGUCUCUCAGCCCCAUUCACCUCACAGAGUGUUUGUUGUGGGGGAGUAAGGGAAAGGAGAAUGUUAGCCGCUUUGAGACUCCUUCGGGUAGUGAUAAAGCGGGAUAGCAAAUCCAAACUCUUCUUCUUCUUGUGAGUCUGCUGGCUGUGUUUUUAUGUAGAGAGAUUUCCAUCCGUGGCAGAGAACAAGAAACCUUCCUUCUGUAAAGUUCUAGAGAUAAACUUGUCUUCAGUAUCAAGCCUUUUUCUGGACUUGGUUUAAUGGAACCUGCUUAUUCCAUAUUCAGGGACACAAGCCAGGGACAAUCUGGUAGCAGCUCUUUCUUUAACUCACAUUAAAGAGUUUAAUUAAGGCUGACUCGCCCAAAUGCUGACACUGCUGUGUUGGGUCUUCGUGCAAAGAUUUCUCUUGUGUUCUUUUCUAAUACUAUGGGUUAUCCCUAAGAUCUGUAAUAUAAUGAGAAUGGCUUGUAAUGUAAUGAGAAUACUUUUUCUGUGCAGCCUGAGCAAGAGCAGUGAACAGCGUGAAUCGCUGCAGCUUGUUUUCACUUACCUCACAGUUGUGAAGAGUAUUCUCAGGUGAUGAAACAGUUGAGAAAAAGAGGAAGGAACAGGACAAAUACCUAUAUAAGAAGAAGAAGAUAUUAUUUAUACCCUGCCCAUCUGGCUGAGUUUCCCCAGCCACUCUGGGUGGCUCCCAAUCAAAUGUUAAAAACAGUACAGCAUUAAAUAUUAAAAACUUCCCUAAACAGGGCUGCCUUCAGAUGUCUUUUAAAGAUAGGAUAGCUGCUUAUUUCCUUCACAUCUGAAGGGAGGGUGUUCCACAGGGUGGGCGCCACUACCGAGAAGGCCCUCUGUCUUGUUCCCUGUAACCUUACUUCUCGCAAUGAGGGAACCGCCAGAAGGCCCUCAGCGCUGGACCUCAGUGUGUGUGUGUGUGUGUGUGUGUGUGUGUGGACAGUCACUGGAUCAAGUGACUUUUCUUCUUUAAGUUCUCAAAGCUCUUAACUUGAGCUCAAGGUUGUCAUCUGAACUGGCCAGACGUUUAACUGAGAAUCCAUUAUCAUCCGUCCAUCCUUUGAAAAAUAAGAUUUAGAGCUGCCUUGCCCCCAAAUGGGCAACUAGACAUUGCAUCCUGGCUACUGUAUCCUUGGCUUAAGGAGCCAUUUGGCUCCUAGCUUAUAGACGGCUCUAAGACGCUGAGGAGGAACUCUUGUUGGUCCUGAGAGGCACCACACCCCCUGAUUGAGAAAGGUGCAUGUCUUAGUAUCAGCUCUUGGGAACGACCUGUAUUGCUGUUCUGAGAUGCCUGUCAUCUUCAUGUUCCAGUCAUCAGUCAUUGCCCAAGCUUAUUGCUUUCAAUGCCAGUGUGUUUCUUCCUUUUGGAAGACAGCUGUUUAAAAGCCUCCUGGCAUUUUAAAACUGUUGACUUCCAGAGAGUUUGGUGUGUAAAUAUCUAUACAGUGGUACCUUGGUUCUCAAACUUAAUCCGUUCUGGAAUUCCAUUCCAAAACCAAAGCGUUCCAAAACCAAGGCGUGCUUUCCCAUGGAAAGUAAUGCCAAACAGAAGAAUCCAUUGACUCUUAAAAACAACCCCUAAAACAGCAAAUUAAUUUGAAUUUUACUAUCUAACGAGACCGUUAAUCCAAAAAUUGAAAGCAGUAAUCAAUGUACUGUAUAAUAAAACGUUGUAUAAUAAAAUGAAAAACUAUGAAAUAAAUAAGAAAGUAUUGUAGAUGAUAAAAAUUAAAAUUACUUUUUUUUCUUACCUGCACUGAUAAUAGUCAUUGUUUGGAUGGGAGGCUUUUAUCCAUUUCCGCAGCCACACAAUCAAUCAAUCAGUAGCUGAACUGGGUUCCACACAGUCACAAAAAUAAAUUAACCAAAGUAAGCCUCGAAAACAAAAAACACAAAAUAAAUAUCAAAAACAAAAGCACCAAACUUAAUCCAUUCCCGAAGUCCGUUUGACUUCCGAAAUGUUCAAAAACCAAGGUGCAGCUUCUGAUUGGUGCAAGUGCCCAGGAAACAAUAGCCGACAGCCUCAUCGGACGUUCGGCUUCCGAAAACACUUACUUCUGGGUUUUCGAUGUUUGGGAACAAAGGCACCACUGUACUGGCAAACUUUGCACCUGUUCAUGGUGGUGUGAUUUGAGGUGAAAUGUGUUCUGAAUACAACUCCCAUGAAAAAUAUGCGUUAUAUAUAGAGUCUUAACUUUUGAUUUUCUUCUCUUCCAGGUCGGCUUGGCGAAGACUUCCUUUUGGAAGGCAAACCAGUGGCUGAUGAUCCACAUGUUCCAUUGCCGCAUGAUUCUUACCUACCACAUGUGGUGGGUGUGUAUUUCUAACUGGAACGCUGUUGUGGAGAACCUGGGGCUCCUGCAUUUUGCUGUCGUCUUCACAGGGAUGAGUGCCGUCACCGUAAUACUUAACCCCUACUGGACCUACAAAAAGACUCAGCAGCUCAUCUGCCCUGUGGACUGGAACUUUGCCAAUAGAGCGAUGGAAAACGGCACGUCCCCAAAACCCAACGGGGACGUGUUGCAGAAGAAAGGGUUGUGA